CCCCGAGCGUGCGGGGAUGGCAGUGUUGUGGGUCUAGCCGCGCGAAUGCGGAUGUGGGGUUAGUCCCUUCGAAAUGCAGCGGGACUUGGGGAGUUUUCCGCUGUCUCCCGCGGUGCGGGUGAAACUGGCGUGUGCGGGUUUCCAGACCGCCGAGGAGCUCCUGGACGUGAAGCCCUCGGCGCUCAGCAAAGAAGUUGGGAUAUCUAAAGAGGAAGCAUUAGAAACUCUGCAAAUCGUAAGAAGAGAAUGUCCCGCAAACAAACCAAGACAUGCUGGUGCAUCUGAGUUGGGCAAGAAAUGUACAGCAUUGGAACUUCUGGAGCAGGAACAUACCCAGGGCUUCAUAAUUACCUUCUGUUCAGCCCUAGAUAAUAUCCUUGGUGGUGGAAUACCCUUAAUGAAAACAACAGAAAUCUGUGGUGUACCAGGUGUUGGAAAAACACAAUUAUGUAUGCAAUUGGCAGUAGAUGUGCAAAUUCCAGAAUGUUUUGGAGGAGUGGCUGGGGAAGCAGUAUUUAUUGAUACAGAGGGAAGUUUUAUGGUUAAUAGAGUGGUAGACCUUGCUACUGCCUGUAUUCGGCACCUUCGUCUUACAGCAGGAACGCACAGUGAAGAGGAAUAUCAGCAAGCCUUGGAAGAUUUCACUCUUGAAAAUAUUCUUUCCCAUAUUUAUUAUUUUCGUUGUCAUGAUUACACAGAACUACUAGCGCAGGUUUAUCUCCUUCCAGAUUUCCUUUCGGAUCACUCUAAGGUUCGAUUAGUGAUAGUAGAUGGCAUUGCUUUUCCUUUUCGGCAUGAUCUUGAUGAUCUAUCCCUUCGUACACGAUUACUAAAUGGCCUGGCCCAGCAAAUGAUCAGCCUUGCAAAUAAUCACCGAUUAGCUGUAAUAUUAACUAAUCAGAUGACAACAAAGAUUGAUAAAAAUCAGGCCUUGCUUGUUCCUGCAUUAGGGGAAAGCUGGGGACAUGCUGCUACAAUAAGGCUAAUUUUUCAUUGGGAACAAAAGCAAAGCAGGUUGGCAACUUUAUACAAAUCACCAAGCCAGAAGGAAUCCACAGUACUGUUUCAAAUCACACCUCAGGGAUUUAGAGAUGCUGUCGCCACUGCUUCUUCAGUCCAAGCAGAAGGUCCAUUGAAUGCCCGGAAACGGUCACGAGAACCAGAGGAUGAACAAUCACUUGAAAACCAGUCUCGAAGUAUACAACUGGAUUGACAUGGGGGCUGGGGAGAUGGCUCAGCCACUAAAGGCACUUGCUUGUAAAGCAUGACAACCCAAGUUUGAUGCCUACAUAAAGCCAGAUGCACAAAGUGACACAUGUGUCUGAAGUUUGCUUGCAGUGGCAGGGAUCCUGGCAUGCAUAUACUCACUUUGUCUUUUUCUCUUUCUUUUUUUCACUCUCUACUCUCAAGUCAAUAAAUAAAAAAAUUUGUUUUAAAUAAAAUAUUAUAUAUAUUUUUUUCUCUUAGAGUUCUAGAAGCUAGAAACCUGACAGCAAGUUGCCAAUAUAGUUGAGUUCUGGUGAGAACUUUUCCUGGCUAACCAGAUGGCUACCUUUUUCCCUCAGUAAAUGUCCAUAGAAAUUACCAAUUUGAUCAGAUUAGGGUCUAGCUCUUGUGACCUGGCUAUCAUUAAUUAGCUCCUAACAUUCCUAUAUCCAAAUAAAUCAGACUUGGGUUAUGGCUUUAACAUAGGAACCUCGAGGUCUAGUGGUACAUAGCUGAGUGAUGGGGCACCUGAUUAACAUGAAUGUUGAGGCUUUUCAGUUCACAGCAUAAUAGAAAACUUGAGCCAGGCGUGGUGGCGCACGCCUUUAAUCCCAGCACUCAGGAGGCAGAGGUAGGAGGAUCGCCAUGAGUUAUAGGCCACCCUGACACUACAUAGUGAAAUCCAGGUCAACUCCAGGCUACAGCAAGACCCUACCUCAAAAAACAAAACAAGAAAAAAAAAAAAAACUUGAAAGUAUACCUUGAAUUAGGCAUUUGGCAUAUGCUUAUAAUCCUAGCUGUUGUAGAGACUGAGGCAAAUAGAUUAUAAAUUUGAGGCCUGGCUGGGUAAUUCAGCAUGACAUGUAAGAGUAAAAGGACCUAGGAAAUGGAGGUGCAACUAAAUUGGCAGAGUGCUUGCCUAGCAUGCAUGAAGCGCUGGGGUCAAUCACCAGCAUCACAUAAAUCAGGUGUACUCCUGUUAUUCCAGUGUAAUGGGCGUGACUAAAAGGAUGAUAUUCUAAAAAUAUACCUAUGCCAUUUUCUUUGACUAUCAGACUACUAAAAUCAUGAUCCCCAGGAAAUUUUCCUAGGAGUCUCAAAGCUUGGUGCCAAUAGAAAGGAAAUGUCUAUUCCACUCAGGGAUUUCAUGCAGUGCUGGCCAACUUUUAAAACCAUCUUACAGAAGAGACUGGCCCACUUGGUGGCAGAACCACACCUUGACCUGGACUGCUACUGCUUGGCUAUGCAUACCUCCAUCCCUCAAUUUAAACCCAAACCUGAUGCCAGGACCCUGAAGAUGGAUCGGUUGUGGGGUUGGAAGGAGGAGAUAGGUCAGUGGAUUUGUCUCCCCAAUGUGACCACACUGAAUAAAUGUUUUUUUUUUUUCUU